AUGGCACUUUCUACAAUCCUUGCGAUUGCCCUACUGGGCCUUCAGGCCAGCGCCCUUCCAGGCAGAGAUGAAUCAAGCAUAGUGCGACGAGCUUGUCCCGAUUACACUGCCUAUGCAUCAACACCGCACGGCGGGCCCUUGAAUCUUCCUUUCCAGCGACCUGCAGAAGCAUGCCGAACAUUCUCUUCCCCGGCCGUUGAGAAGGUCAUUGAAGAUAUCACCUCGCGCCUUGUUGAUAAGGACCUUGCGCAACUGUUCCGCAAUGCCUUCCCCAACACCCUGGACACAACUAUCAGGUGGCACCAGAACGGUUCAACAUCAACCGAUGGGAAGAGGAAAAGAGACGAUCCACAAUGGACUGGUGUGCAGACAUUUAUCGUGACCGGCGACAUCAACGCCGAGUGGUUGCGCGACUCAACCAAUCAGCUGGUCAACUACCAAUCGCUCGCUGCUAAGGAUAAGAGCCUGUACUCCCUCAUUCUCGGGGCUAUCAGCACCCAAUCUGAGUUUGUGAUACAAUCACCUUACUGCAAUGCUUUCCAGCCACCAUCGGCCAGCGGUGUCAAGCCCGAGAACAGCUCCCAGAAGGAUACUGUGCACCCCGCAUACAACCCUUCGUUUGUGUUCGAGUGUAAAUACGAAUUAGACUCCCUAGCGCACUUCCUUCAACUGGGUACUGAGUUCUAUGAGAAAACCGGCUAUACUGAGUUCCUCACAGAACGUUGGUACAAGGCGUUGCAAACUGUACUGAAAACCAUCGACGCACAGUCGCAGCCCACGUUCAACUCGAAGAACCAGUUUGUCACAAAUCAAUACACCUUCCAGCGCCAAACUACUAUCGGGACAGAGACACUUGGCUUGUCUGGCGUGGGAAACCCUCUGAACAGCGACACUGGGUUGAUUCGCAGUGCUUUCCGUCCUAGUGACGACGCCACCAUUCUAGGCUUCUUCAUCCCUCCCAAUGCACAGAUGUCAGUACAGCUCCAGAAGACCGCGAGGGUUAUCAAGGCAGCUGGCGGACCCGCCGAUCUAGCCGCCGACCUUCAAGAGCGAGGUACCAAGCUGGCCAAGGCAAUUCAUGACCAUGCAAUCGUCAAGCAUCCAAAGUAUGGUGAUGUCUAUGCCUUCGAAGUUGACGGAUAUGGUUCUCAUAUCCUCAUGGAUGACGCCAAUAUCCCUUCUUUGCUUUCCCUCCCCUACCUCGGUUUCGUGGACAAGUCAGAUCCAGUCUAUCAGAACACCCGCAAGAUGAUCACGGACAAAGCAUCGAACCCGUACUACUUGGAGGGACCACAGUUCCACGGUAUUGGUGGACCUCACAUUGGAUUCGAGCAUGCUUGGCCCAUGUCCCUCCUCGUGCAAGCUAUGACUUCUGACGAUGACGAUGAGAUUAUCGGGAAUCUCAAUCUUGUUCGCAACUCUAGUUUGCUUGGGCUUGUUCACGAGUCUAUCAAUGUGACAAACAUCAAGGAUUACACCCGGCCUUGGUUUGCUUGGGCGAACUCGGUCUUCGCUGAGACUGUUCUUAAGGUUGCAGCUGAGAGGCCGCAUUUGAUCUUUGGAAAGGGCGCUGAACCUUACGUUAUCUCAUAG